CCAACCCAAGUGAAAAAAUCAACACAGCACUACCAAGAGACCAUUCCACAUUACAAUCUUCUUUCCUCCCAGACAGUUCAGUUCCUCACGCUUCGCUUACUUUCUCUCUCUUUUCUUUUCGAACACUGUAAUCGUGAUUCUCGUCUCGCCAUACUCAUUUUCUUCAAACCCUACCUUACCCAUUUCUCCCUUUCUCUUUUCCUCUGAAGCUUCAAGGUUUAGCGGACUCUGUGUUUCGUUCACAAACUCAUUCAAGAGUUUCACCUUUCGUCCCUUUCGUUUUGUUUUUUAUUUUGCCCAUAAAUUGCGCAUCUUUUGCAUACCCACAUGCAGAUUUUGUGGUUGAGUCUCUAAUUUUUGUUUCUGUGUGUCGUAGGUACUUCACGUGGUCAUUUUAUGGAGCUUUUUUCAUAGACACGAACUGGGGUUUCGUGAUUUUUGGUUGAAUAUUAAUUUAGAGAGAUUAGUUUGGGAUCCACUUGCAAAGUUGCAAUAUUUGUACUGAAUGAUGUCUCAGCAGCAAAACCGAAACCGAAACCUACCUGCGGCUCCGCAAUCUCUGCUACGACAAACGGGUUUUGGAGAUGGUGUUAAACCCUUCUCAUUAAGACAGUAUGUUCUUGCUUCUCGUCACAGAAAUUUCUUUCAAAACUGGCCAUUUCAUGAGAAGUUCUUGCAAUUGUGUCUUAAACAUGGUCUAGAGGAGAAGGAGGUGUUGCCACCAUUUGGAAGCCAAACUUCACUUACCGAACCACUCAAAGAUAGUCCUAACUUGAUGCAUUCAUCGAGUGAUGAUAAUGAUAAUAAUGAUGAAAAAGAAGCUGAUUCCUGCAAAGCUGAAUAUGAUUACCACCCACAAACUACAAAAAAUGACUGUGACUACAAAGUGAAAGAGGGAAAUCAGCAAAACUGCAACAUUUCUGCCAAUUUAUCUCAGUCAGCAUACACAUGUAAUCUCCCAAGUUCAACUCAUGCUCACAAAAUAAGUCCACUAAUGCCACCACCAUCGAAGAAAGUAAAAGAUAAAUGCAGAAGGCAUAAAGGGAGAUGCAAGAAACGCUCCAUGGUGGAUAUUUUAGCAGUGGCACGGCACACUACUUUAGAGGAGAUCCAUAGGAUGAACAAGUUUUAUUAUCCAGAAACAGUGAUUGAAGAAUAUCAGCAAACGGUGCCUUAUGGAAAUAUCUCCAUGCCUGAGCUAGGGAGUGAUGGUUCAUGUAGAAAAGGUUGGAGAGAAGAUGCAUAUGAUGGUUUAGCUAAUGUUGACAUGGCACCAAAGGGGCCAUUGCUUCUUAAGUUCAAGCUCAAUGGAUGUAAUGUAAAUGGGUAUUGCAGAACAUAAAUAAAUUCUGUUCAAUUUUAUGCAAUCUUAUUACUAUAUUAUA